AAUGAGGCACCAGCGUUUUCAAAACACGGAAGUAGUUCCAUCCAGCACUAUAAUGCAUUUAGCCGUGGAACAAUAGAUGCGUAAAAGUUUGAAGCAUGGCUGAAGAGGUCUCAUCUGGACCUGGACCCAGACCCGGACCCGGGGCAGUGGAUUCUAACCCUGCACAGAACACGUGUCCGGUGUGCCUGAGCCCCUUCAGCGGACAGAGUGUGGCCACGCUAGAGAACUGCCAGCACGCAUUCUGCCUGACGUGUAUUCUAGAAUGGUCCAAGAUUGCGAACUCCUGUCCAGUGGAUCGGAUCGCCUUUGAGGUCGUCUACCAGAGAUCAUGUCUUGGAGGACCAAUUCAAAAAGAGAUACGGGUGCAGAGACGAAGGCCCGACGAUGGGGAUGGGAGUGAGAGGGUGGCUGUGAACUGUGAGGCGUGCGGCCGGAGUGACCGUAGCCACCUACUACUAGUGUGCACACGCUGUGAUUCAGGGUACCACGUGAACUGCCUGACUCCUCAAGUGUCCCGACCCCCUGGCGCCGUGUGGAGCUGCCCAGACUGUGCAGCCCUCAGUCCCCCCAACUCAGCGUCUGCUAAACGUAAAUGUCUGUCCGGCGCGACAGAGGACGAGCAGGUGAGCGACGAGGAGCUGACGGAGCUGCUGUCGGAGGCGGCGGGCGGCCUGCUGACCCCCAGCCGUCUCAGGCCCUCCACCCUCGGCCAGCCCGGCCGCUCCACGCCCCCACGCACCCGUCACAGCCAGAGGAUCCAGAAUGCAUCUGGGGCCGACGCCAGGCCAGCACCGCCACCCUUCCUGCAUGUACCGAAAUACCUGAUGAGAGCAACGCAACCGGCUGAGUCUGAGAACAGCGCUGCACCCAAUGAUGGGCAGGAAGGAGACACAACAGAGUUGAAUGUACCGCUGGCCUGCCUGUCAACUUGUAAUGCUUAAAUGAUCCAGUAGGGGGCAGCGUGUUGCCCUGAUGUGACGGCGGAACCUCGAACCAGUCCCGCGGCUCUGUAGAGCUGCAGUUUGGUUAAUGGAACCAUUUCACGGUUGCAGAAACAACCUUUGUUGUGACACUUUCACUAACUAGACUGCUGUUUUUGUUCUACCUUUUGUCGUUGCGAAUAUUUAGAAUUUUCUCUGCUCCUUUUGAAAGUUGUUUUUAAUUGAAUUUGAUGAACCAGUCUACAUCAAUACAAACUUUACACACAA